CUCGAGUAAAGAUCUGGGCAGUAAGGAGUAGCACUGUCGAGCCAAAUCAACCAACAUGGGAUCCCUCUUCGAACAACCGCGCAAUGCUGGAACUCUGUUCCUUGGUGGCCAGAAGAUUAGUGGUUCAGACAUCCGAGACCAGAAUGUUCUUGCUACUCAGGCCAUCGCAAAUGUAGUCAAGAGCUCAUUUGGCCCCAGCGGUUUAGACAAGAUGAUGGUGGAUGACAUUGGAGAUGUCACUGUCACGAAUGAUGGCGCAACCAUCCUCAGUCUACUGGAUGUAGAGCAUCCCGCAGGCAAGAUUCUGGUCGACCUGGCACAACAGCAAGAUAAGGAGGUUGGAGAUGGGACGACAUCCGUUGUCAUAAUUGCAGCAGAACUUCUCCGAAGAGCCAACGAACUCAUGAAGAACCGAAUACAUCCUACAACCAUCAUCACUGGCUACCGUCUAGCUCUUCGCGAAGCUGUCAAGUACAUGCACGAGAACAUCAGCGUGAAGGUGGAUCAACUGGGCCGGGACUCCCUGCUCAGCAUCGCCAAAACCUCCAUGUCGAGCAAAAUUAUUGGGGCGGAUUCAGAUUUCUUCGCAAACAUGGUUGUUGAUGCUAUGCAGGCAGUCAAGUCAACGAACAACCGACAAGAGACCAAGUACCCGGUCAAGGCAGUCAAUAUCCUGAAAGCGCACGGGAAGGGAGCAUUAGAGUCGGUAUUGGUGAAGGGAUAUGCAUUAAAUUGCACGGUUGCCUCGCAAAUGAUGAAGACCAGAAUCACCGAUGCAAAAAUCGCCAUUCUCGAUAUGAAUCUGCAAAAGGAGAGGAUGAAGCUCGGAGUCCACAUCACGAUUGAUGACCCGCAGCAGUUGGAGCAAAUCAGAGAACGUGAGGCGGGAAUAGUCAUGGACCGAGUAGAGAUGAUUCUUAAGUCAGGAGCAAAUGUUGUGUUGACUACAAAGGGUAUCGAUGAUCUGUGUCUUAAGCUCUUCAUCGAGAAGGGAGCUAUGGCUGUUCGGAGAUGCAAGAAGGAAGACCUUCGACGGAUAGCCAAGGCGACCGGAGCAACAUUGAUCAGCUCAUUGUCUGAUCUUAAUGGCGACGAGAAAUUCGAGGCAUCCUCAUUAGGUCAUGCUGAGGAAGUUGUCCAGGAGCGGAUUUCCGACGACGAGUGUAUAUUGAUCAAGGGUACUAAGGCUCACACCUCAGCAUCUAUCAUCCUCCGGGGACCCAAUGACUACCAGCUCGAUGAGAUGGAGAGAUCGGUCCACGACUCGCUCUGUGCGGUCAAGCGAACACUGGAGAGUGGAAGCAUCGUUCCUGGAGGUGGUGCUGUCGAGACCGCUCUGCACAUCUAUCUCGAAGAAUUCGCCGGCACCGUCGGCUCCCGAGAGCAACUUGCCAUUGGCGAGUUUGCUCAAGCACUCCUGACCAUUCCCAAGACGCUCGCCGUCAACGCUGCCAAGGACUCAUCUGAGCUCGUGGCCCAACUCCGAUCCAGACACGCUCUAUCGCAGCGGAUCCAGGACGGUGAUGCCAACGAGGACGAGAAGACCAUAGCCAAGAAGAAGAAUUACAAGAACUACGGUCUGGACCUGAUGAAAGGGAAGGUGGUGGAUGAGAUCAAGGCCGGUGUUCUGGAGCCCAGCAUGAGCAAGGUUCGCCAGUUGAAGUCGGCGGUCGAGGCUUGUAUAUCUAUAAUGAGGAUCGAUACGCUUAUCACGUUGGAUAAGCCAGAGGCUGGUGGUGACGAUGGACAUGGUCAUUGAUGAGGGAAUACGGAAUGAAGAGCUGAUGCUUGUAAUAUUACAGAUUAGAUAUGUAAAGCAUUGACGGUGUAGUUGACCAUAUGAUCCAGAU